GUGAGUAGGUUUUUAAUGGGACUCUAAGUUUGGCGGUGCUCUAUCUGGGAAUAUACAGAAUCGAUAGCGGUAUAUAAAACAUGGCAACCUCUCGACUUCCCAUCACACAGCCUAAAAACGCUCCUGGCCGGAAAAUGACAAUUGUUUACAGUCGUUGUGUGUAAAUGCAUAGUAAUUUUUAAUUGACUUGAUCUAUGUAUACUCACAAAGCCGACUUUCUUCUGUGACUUUUUUUUUGGAUUUCUGUGACAUAGGAACCCAAACAUCAUGGUUUUAAGAACUGAACCUUCUCAGUAGACGCUAUCGCCAUGGUAGUCUACGAGAUUAACUUUGCCCUCAACUUGUCGUAUGGCGACGCAACUUUUCUACAGGACAGCGCCGGAAAUGACACCGCGCUCCAGAGAGCAUUCUAUAUACAGUAUGUCGUCAAUGGAAUUGUCCUUCCGAUUUUGGCAGUCUUUGGAGUUUUUGGAAACAUUCUAACUAUGAUUGUACUGUGGCGACGGGAAAUGCAUUCAACAACGAUCUUGUUCUUGCGGGCGCUUGUGUUGACGGAUACGGGGAUCAUUGUGGUUGUGGCACUUACUGUAGCACCAUUUACAUUGUCUUUCUUCCACCCAGAAUUGUGGUACUUUAAAGAUGUGAUAUAUCCUAACUUAUAUACCCCAGUGACUUACAUAGUGAUGGUCAUCCAACAAUGCAACGUGUGGAUAACGGUUUCUGUAAGCGUGGAGCGAUAUAUUUCUAUUUGUCAUCCAUUCAAAGCAGCUAAAAUAUGCACGAAGCGAAGAACAUGGAUUAUUCUGAUUGCUAUAUGUGGAAUAUCUAUACUUUACAACAUUCCAAGGUGUUUCGCAAGCAGGUCUAAACCAUCAUGUUCCCCUAAUGACACUCGGCAGUGCUACCUGCUCCGGGACACUGAAUUUGGUAAAACAACAUUUUAUACAAAAGUGUAUAUGGUGUGGAUGUAUGCUGUCUUAAUUUACAUUGUUCCCCUGACACUUUUAGCUGUGCUCAACUGUUUAAUAAUUAUGGAACUAAUGCGCAUGCGUGCAAGAAGAAAAGGUACAAAUAUUCAAGAUGACAAUGAGGCUAAUCUUAGCCUUGUCCUUGUUUUAAUUGUGAUAGUUUUCAUUUGUUGUCAGACUCCAGGACUUUUCUCACAGUUUGACUUCUUAUUCGACCCCAUCGUGUUUCUUGAGUGGAUAGCUUUUGGAAAUACUCUUUUUGUGACCAACUCGUCGGUGAACUUUUUAAUCUACACAGCUGUGGGUAGACGAUUCCGCAAAGUGUUACUCAAGAUUUUCAAAAAGAUAUUCGGACAUCCGAUGUUUUCUCGUUCCAGAAACUCCGGAUCGAGUUCGGACAACGAGUUAGAAACUCUGCGCUCUCAUUUGUACAGAGACUCGGAAGUGACGCAAAUAAACGAUAUACAAAAACUGGAGAAAAUGAAACUUACUUCCUGAAAUCGUGUGAUAUUUCAUUUAAGAGAUAUACUCAGACACCAUAUUGAUUUUCAUACUCAUCUGCAAAUAUAAUUAAUCAACAUUUAGUUGUAUUUGAUCACAAAUAUGCAUUGUUUAUAUUAUUGAUGUUAAUCAUCAGAUGUGUUGGUGUUAGAAAUACAGAUUGAAAUUUGAAUUCCAAA